AUGUCGACUAUGCCCGCGUCCCACGGCCACAGCGAGGCCUGCUGCAACAUUCCUCCGGUCGUUUCCAAGGGGUAUGAGGCCAAGGGAACAUAUAAGGAUAUCGGAGGCUACAAGACUUAUGUCACUGGCCCCGUAGACGCCAAGAAGGCCAUUGUCGUGAUCUACGACAUCUUUGGCUACUUCGAUCAGACUCUCCAGGGCGCCGAUAUUCUUGCCUUUAGCGACGCUCACCAGAAGUACAAGGUUUUCAUUCCUGACUGGUUCAAGGGCAGCCCAUGCCCCAUUGAGAUUUACCCUCCGGACAAUGACGACAAGAAGAAGCAGCUUGGAGACUUUUUCGGCGAGUACCCUCCUCCCAAGGUUGCGGGUCAAGUUCCAGACUACGUCAAGGCCAUCAAGGAGCAGGACUCGUCCAUUGAGAAGUUCGGAAUUCUUGGUUACUGCUGGGGCGGCAAGGUCGUUGCCUUAAGCGUCAAGGCCGAUUCCAAUCCCUUCUCUAUCGCUGCCCAGAUUCACCCUGCCAUGGUCGACGCCUCGGACGCCGAGGGUCUCUCAGUCCCUACCAUGCUGCUUGCUUCCAAGGAGGAGCCUGAGGAGGAGGUUAAGAAGUUUGAGAACAACCUCAAGGUGGCCAAACACGUCGAGGUCUUCAAGGACCAAAUCCACGGCUGGAUGGCUGCUCGUGCUGAUCUCAACGAUAGCCGUGUCAAGGAAGAAUAUGAGAGGGGUUACAAGACUGUCGUUGAAUUUUUUGGUAGCAACUUCUAG